AUGAGGUUCUCCUUUAUAGCCCAGGUCCAGAAAACUCGAAAGAGUACUGACAAAGAGGAGGAGAUAGUUGUAACUGAAAUGGUGAGGGAUUCUGUCGAAACUGUAAGUGAAGAUGCUCUAGGCCUAGAAGAUGAACUAUUUCCGACCGCCGUUCUACCUGAAAUUGAAUUUAAGAAAUCUUCCGGAAUCACAUCGGAAUUCGAAGCCAUUUAUUCUGAGAUAAAAGAGAAAACCGAUUGGAGACUGCCAAAACACGUAAAUCCACGUCAUGGUCGUCUCACCAAUUUAAUAUUCAAGACGACCACUCGUGAAGAAGCUAAAAUACUUGUAGAAGUUUUUGCCCAGUGGCGUAGGAGGCUGUUACCAAUAACUUCAAUAAACACACGAUUCCUGAUAAAGAAAUUGGUGGCGCCUGAGAUUGAUUCAUAUGAUUUAGCUUUAGAGAUGAUUGCGGAUCGAUCAAAAUACGCGUUGAAACCGAACCGAGAGAUGUUUCGAUAUAUUAUGUUAUCAAUUGCCAACAACAUAAUAUCAGCAAGUGAGGAAGAUGCGUCAAAAAUCGAGGAAGAAAAAGAAGCAAAUACAGAUAGCAUACCAAGUAGUAGUGAAAUGGCAUUGGAUGAUCUUUACAAAACUUUUGGGUUGAUACCAUAUUAUGAGUUAUCGCAGUAUGAUGCACACCUUUAUACAAUUUUAAUAUCGGCAUCACUGAAGUUAAACACAAAAGUAGGUUGGAGAAGAGCUGACGAGACAUGCGUAGAAUUUAUAAAAUUAAUUGAUGUAUUAGACAAAAGUUCGAUGGAGCUUAAUACAGUUUCACAUAAAGAGCUUGUAAAUGGCAAUUUUGGAACAAAAUGGUUGGAGGAGUCUAGUGCAAAUAAAGACAUUGCAGAGCUACUGGAAAAAGAAAAAUUUGAUGAAUAUACUAAUUCAGUCAAAAUUUCAAGACUAUUGACAAGCAUAGAGGUAGCUGUCAUCAUGGAGAAGUGGUAUCAGGAAAGAAAGAAUACGGAAAUUUCCGGAAAGUUUAAUGAGUUAAAAGGCAGAUGGGAAAACGAAAUAAUAAAGAUAGACGAACAAAUAAAAAAACAAAGUUAG